AUGCGUGGGCGGGAUGUGACCACAUACAAUGCCAUGCUUGCCGCAUAUUCUUGGAAUCAAGAGCAUGAGUGUAUGUGGGAUUCUUUUCAAAGGAUGCCAUUUUGGGACUUGGUAUCUUUAAAUACGGCACUUGCCGCUUUAGGGCAUUUGGAGAGCGCGAAGCAAUUCUUUGAUUCCAUGCCACAGAGGGACAUUUUCUCCUGGAAUUCGAUCGUCCAAGCUUGUGUUGAGGACGAUAUCGCCGAUUUGGCUGCCUUGGUGUUUAAUCGGAUGCCAAAUCGAAGCCUUGUCUCGUGGAAUUCUUUGAUUCAAGUUCGCAUCCAGCAAACCCAAUGCGCUCGCGCAUUGGAAUUGCUAGAAGAAGCGCCUGAAUUUGACGUUUUCACUUGUAAUCUAGCGAUCCAAACCUACACUGGAUUGGGCGAAAUCCAAUUCGCCAGGGAAUUUUUUGAUUCCAUGGAUCAAAGAGACAUAGUAACUUGGGCAACGAUGCUCGUCGCCCAUUCCCAGCAUGGGGAUUUGCCCCAAGCCAAUAGUGUGUACGAGAAUAUGCCACAGCACAAUGCCGUGGCUGGAACGGCAAUGCUGGUAGCAUACUCCAACACCUCAAAUCUCCCAAGUGCGAUUCACAUCUUUAAAAAAAUGCCCGAGCUUGACAUCUUUGCGUGGAAUGCUAUGCUUGUGGCAUAUGCCGCGUCUGGUAAUAUUUCUUCCCUUGAGAAAUUCUUGAACAAAAUGCCCAUGCUGGAUAUAUGUUCCUGGAACUCGACCUUGCAAGCGUACGGCUGGUACGGCUACCUGGGAAAGGCAAAGUCUGUGUUCGAUUCUAUGCCCCAGCGGGAUUUGAUCACGUGGAACUCUAUGAUUGCGGGAUAUACCCAAGCUAGGGAAUGGAAUCUGGCACUGAUGUUGUUUGGUAGUAUGGACCAAGAGGGAAUCAGCCCAGAUACGGCCACCUAUUCCAGCGUUUUUUAUGCCUGUGGAGAGCAUGGGGCUGUUACACAGGGCAGAAUCCUCCAUUCUUUACUGGAAGAAGCGCCAGAUCGCGAAAUUUUAGAAAGCUUGGCCAUAUCUGCAGCACUUGUAAGCAUGUAUGGAAAAUGUGGCUGCCUUGACGAGGCCAGACAGAAGCUGUUUGGGGAGUAUCCCGGGAAUCGAGACCGGAACUGGUGGAACUCGAUGCUAACAGCAUAUGCCCGGAAUGGGCAUCACAGGGAGGUCGUACGGCUCUUCAGGGCCAUGGACGUGGAAGGCGUGGGGCCGGACGAUCGCAGCCACGUGGCCGCCAUCGACGCGGCCGCCAGCCUCGCGGACCUGGAGCUGGGCAAGACAAUCCACAGGAGCCUCAUGGAAGAAAUCCAAACUUUCAAUCUCGCCACCAACGAAACCGUGAUGAACACCGCGCUGCUCAACCUCUACGGGAGCUGCGGAGAGGUCGUCUCCGCGAGGGGGAUAUUCGACUCCAUGCCGGACAAAGAUACCCCGGCUUGGAACUCGAUAAUCUCCCAGACCGGGACGCGAGACCCAAAACUCGCGAUCCAUCUCUUCCGGGAGAUGGAUUUGCAAGGUUUCAAUCCGGACGAGGUCACCUUCGCCAAGAUCCUCGACGUUUGUAGCACCGCCACCACCGAGCUCUCGCUAAGCAGCCUCCAAUGCAUCAUCCACGACGCCCCCGCGAUUCGAAACGCGCACCUCUCCACGUCGCUGGUCGCCAUGUACGCGCGCUGCGGCAGGCUCGACGACGCGCUCGCGCUCUUCCACAAGAUGCCCUCCCGCGACACGGUAUCCUGGAACGCGAUGCUCUCGGCAUAUUCCCUUUCCUCCGCCACCUUUGAUGCCCUCCUCCGCGCCUUCGCGGCCAUGCAGCUCGACGGCGUGCCGCCCGACGGCGUCACCUUCGUCACCCUCCUGGCGGCGUGCAGCCACGCGGGCGAUCUCCAGCGCGGUGCCGCGUGCUUUGCGGCCAUGGCGGAGCUGUACGGCGUGGCGCCCGGUGCCGGCCACUACGCGUGCCUGGCGGACCUCCUCUCCCGGCUGGGCCAGCUCGAGCGCGCUGAGAACGUCAUCCACGCCAUGCCGUACGAGCCCGGCCCGGCGGCGUGGACGUCCGUGCUCGGCGCGUGUGGCAGCCACGGUACCGCCGACCGCGCGAGAGAUGCCGCGCGGUAUGCCCUCGACGCCGAGCCGCGCGGCUCGUCUUCUUAUGUGCUGCUCUCCAAUGUCUUGGGGAGCGUUCCAGGGUGA